CGCACUCAUUGGGAAAUCCGGUCCGGAGGGAAGAUUCUAAACGGGGAGACGGCAGGAGAGUCCAUCUGGGCAGGUGGAGGGAGGGGGGGAAGAAUCUACCACGAAGUGAGAAGUGGACAAUGGCUCAGCAGCAUAGACGAUCUUGGUGUAAAUACAAAUGGUAGCUGCUUUUCAGAAAUUUAAGGGGGAAACAAAGAAGAUGACAUCAAACCCUUCUGGACAAGGCUUUCAGAAUAAAAACAGGGUUGCAAUCUUGGCUGAGCUAGACAAGGAGAAGAGAAAACUUCUGAUGCAAAACCAGUCUUCUACUAAUCACCCUGGAGCCAACAUCUCUUUGGCCAGGUCCUCCCUUAACAAGGAUUUUCGGGAUCACGCUGAGCAGCAGCACAUAGCAGCGCAGCAGAAAGCUGCUUUACAGCACGCUCAUGCACAUUCUUCAGGAUAUUUUAUAACACAAGACUCAGCCUUUGGGAAUCUUAUUCUUCCUGUAUUACCACGGCUAGAUGUAGAGUAAGAGAAAAUUCAUGAAACAGAAAAUACCUGGAUUCAUCUAAGCUGCUUUUUCAACUUUCAGGCAAUCAUUUGUGAGAAGAAGAACUGAAAACUGUUCAAAACGGUUUUGAUUUUGAAUUCCUGGUAUUUUGUUUUUGAGAGACAACAUAAAAUGUAUUCUGGAAAUUCCCUGCUUUUAUUUUCCUAUUACAUAUGUAUUGGCAUUUAUAAAGAACUUGUUUUCAUUUUCUAACACACAUGAAUAAGGCUUUAAAUCAGAAAAUUGAGGAGGGAGGGAAAUACAGUGUCUCCGUAACAGAAAGAUCUAUAACUCUUACUACCCAUUUGUUAAAUCGAUUAUGCAUACAUUUUACUGGUGAGAAUAGUUCUUAAUACCAUAAAGAGUAGAAUGUUGGGGUUUACAAAUUCAGUGAGAAAUAACCAUAUGCAUGGGACAAAUGUAUCAAAUAAAUUUAAUAUUUAACAUAACUGGUUAGUUGAACUCUUUUCAAAGGCUUCCAUCAUAAAACAGAAUCACCUGGAAAAAUAAACAAUCGCAACAGAAAGACAGGUGCAAAAAGAGUAUACGAUUCCCCAAACCAAGAUGAUUUCAUUUCAUGAGGUUUUGAUACUGUGAUCGCCAGGGACUUUCUAAAAGAUUAAAUUGAAAGUACAUAUUUUAAGACAAGAUUCAUCUAAUUGUAUGUAACUGGUGGUUGGCAGUGUUUCAUUUGUGCGAGUCUCAUAGCCAGAAUCUGGCAUUUUGUCUCCUUUCUUUUUCUUCCACGAAGGAAAACUUCAUGCACAAACAAGAUUGAGACUUCCAAGCGGACAGAUGGUCUUAGCAGUUGGAGCAAAUGCUACCUGCUGAAUUCCUGCUUAUCGUGUAGCUCUUAAGAAAAAAAACCGCACACUAAAGCAUACACUGGAGAUAAAUGGCAUCAUUCUGGUGUAAUUUUCUGUUUUAUCAUGAACGUUUGUUUGUUAUACACAAAGUUAGGACUACAUUUAUCUUAUCCAGCUUCUUGGCUUUUCAGCAUCUCCUCUUCUGGAUGUGCUGCCAGCAAUGGACAACAGCGAUCAGAAGUAGAUUCAUGGGAGACAAGGGACAGAUGUGCUAUUAUUGAAGCGCCUUCUGUUUCCUCAGCUAUAAGCGGAAACAACCGCUACCAAAAAUGUUGAUUAACAGGCACGCUCAAGUGAAUGUGCGACCGUUCUUAGGCUAGUAGCAUACAUUUGUACACCAAGGAUUCCUAAAUGUUUUGCCAUCACCUCUCCCUUUAGUGUAAUCUUAAUAUACACACCUCCAAAUCAACAAGGAAAACAAUACAAUGAAAUGUUGGGAAAGGUGGGCUUAUUGUAACAAUGUAACUAGAAAGUUCUUCACACCUGCCUUGGAGUCUGCAUCUCCCCAAGAAAGGUGCAAUUUACAGUUUGGGAAACCCUGAUGUACAAACUGGGUAGUUAAUAAUAUCUCGGAAGCCUCACCAGUUUCACAGAAUAAGCCAGCCAGACUAAGAAUUUGACAGAAUUUUAUCAUUCUUUGGCAUGGGAAUUUUGACGAAAGUCUCUUCCUAAGAAAUCCCAUUGUAAUUUGUUGAGAGCAUUUAUACUUCCUGUUCUUGAGUUUUCUAAUACCAAAUAUUUCAGUACUCUUGAGUAAGGACAGUCCCAAUUAUAAUUUGUGAUGUUUCCUUCCUCAAAUUAUUGCAUGGUUCUUCUUGAUGUUUCUUGCUAGUGCAGAUGAUGGAGAAAACUGCCUAAAGAGUGCCUAGAUGUAGCCACCUAAACUCUCUCUGACUGAGGCAGCAUACAGUUCAAUGAAUGAAUGACUACACAGUAUUAACAGUGGAUAUAAAAGGCCAAACACGCUUUUUAAAAUGCCAGGUUUCAAUAAUAAUCGUACUAUUUGUAAAAGUGAUCCAGUCAAUGUUUAUUACAAGUUAGUACAUAAAGUGGAUAUAGAAAGUCUACACCUUUGUUAAAAUGCCAGGUUUUUGAGAUGUAAAAAAAUCAGACCAAAAUAAAUCACUUCAGAAUUGUUUCUA